AAUCAUAUUUCUCCUAAAUUAUGAAAAAUAAUUUUAACUGCAUCCACUUGCCAGUCAUAAUUCAUAACCAGAUACUUGUUAAUACAAGUAUUGGUCCUUAUCAUGAAAGUUUGGCUAUGAAAAUGUAACUAUACUCCAAAACUGAAUGACUUCCUCCAAAAAAAAUUUGCAUUCAGAUAUAAUAUCCCUGAAAUGGUAUGAUAUUCAUAUGUAGAUAAAUAUGUUUAGAUUUAGAUAAUAUACAUCCAUUUAAAAUAAUUCAAACAUUGAUAUGUAUAUAUAAACAAUACUCCAUUGUUAUCAAAUUAUAAUAUACACAAGAAAAAGAAAAAAACAAAGAGUUAAUCAUGACAAGACAAAAGGUGAAGAUGGCUUUCAUAGAAAAUGAGUCCUCAAGAAAAGCAACAUACAAGAAAAGAAAGAGAGGUAUCUUGAAGAAAGCCAACGAGUUAGCAACUCUCUGUGGCGUCCCAGUUGGUGUAAUCAUCGACAGUCCAUACGACUUGACCCCGGAGGUGUGGCCAUCGAGAGAAGAUAUGGACAAUGUUCUGUCCCAGUUGCAGAGGUUGCCGGUGAUGGACAGGACCAAGAAGAUGCUGAACCAAGAGUCUUAUCUUAAACAGAGUAUCUCCAAAGCAUCUGAGACAUGUAAGAAGCUGACCAAAGAGAACAAAGAGUUGGAGAUGAAAGAGGUAAUGUUUGAUUGUCUUAGUGGCAAGACUUCACCAUCUCGUAUUGAGAAAAAUGAUCUUGGUGCUUGUGGUAAUGUCAUUGAGCAGUACCUAAGAAAUCUUAAUCGUAGGAUUGAGAUUCUUAGUAAGAACGACGGAGCGUCUUCUUCAUCUGUUCAUGUUGUUGCUUCAACAUCUGUUGCCAUGCCUAUAGUUGAGUUGGGUUCUUCUUCAACCGCAUUUUGCGAUAUGAUUCGUCAACAGCAGAUUCAAAGUAAUAUGAAUCAGAACGUUGGGAGCUUGGAUCUGAAUCAGCAACAGUGGUGAGCAUUGGUGAACAUCCUUAGAGGUCUCUCUGACCAUGUUUCUGUUUCGUCAAGCUAUCAAUAAAAAUAUAUUUAAGCAU